CACGAGAUGUUACAAGCCCUGGUUGUGUGCUGCUCACUGUUGGUUGUAUAGGGCCUUUAUUGGCGAGUUUGAGAGAAAGUUUGUGUCUACAGGGUGUCCAUCACAUGUUCUACAUGCCAGCAUGUCAGCUCAGUGCUUUCACUGUGAUACUAACCAGUACUGAGCUCUGUCCGGUGAUCGUGUGGUCUGCGGAGUUUAACCCCCAGUUUCCAUAGCAGGUUAACCACGAAAGAUGUAAUUGGCAACAUUUUGUUUUUAUUUUUGUACUUUGAACAAGUGGUCAUGUGGUGAGAUUAUGUUUCUUAGUACUAUCAAGAAAGGGAUUCAUUCAACUGAGGAAUUACUAGCAUUUAGUCAUCUCAAAAAUAUCGAUAAAGACUUGUCGUCUGCUAAAAUGAGGAAGGCAUGAGAGCAGAUCAAGUCAGCCCCGACACCUACCCUGGCGGAUAUAUACAAAGUGUGUCACUACCUGGGUCAUCUGUGUGCGGGCGGCAGGCGGUGUGCGGUUUGCUGCACCAGCACAGACGCAGCAGACGACGCACCUACUGACAGCGCGGCGUCAGGAGACAACAACCCCGACAGCUCUAAUCAGCCACCGCUGGUGUCCGAGAAAGAAGCUGAAAUCGAAAUAAUCAUGACAGACUAUGAGAGCAUCAAGCGCAAGUGUCGUCUAACGGGGACACUUUUCGAGGACAAAGAUUUCCCAGCAAGCAGCGCUUCGCUGUACUUCCGCUCGUCCUUAUCGGCGCCACUCAUUGAGUGGAAACGACCUAAAGAAAUCGUCUCAAACCCUCAGUUCAUUGCAGACGAGGCGCUGUACGUGGAUCUUGAGCAGGGAACUCUAGGAAACUGCUGGUUUGUUGCUGCCGCAGCUUCAUUGGCGGCCUCCAACAAGUCUCUUCUUCAUAAGGUCGUGCCCCCAGAUCAGAACUUUGGCUCUGAAUAUGCAGGGAUAUUCCGCUUCAACUUCUGGCAGUACGGCAAGUGGCGGGAGGUGAUCGUGGACGAUCGUCUGCCCACACGGGAAGGUCGCCUGGAGUACGCGGCCAGCACCACCAAGCAUGAGUUCUGGUGCGCCCUCCUGGAGAAGGCCUUCGCCAAACUGUACGGCUGUUAUGAGGCUAUCGAUGGAGGCAGAGUGCACGACGCCCUGCUGGACAUGACAGGGGGAAUAACUGAGCUAAUCAAGCUGAAGGGGGCCAUUGAUGUGGAGAAGCUCACCAACAUCCUGACCAUGUGCUGGAGCAUGGAAACCCUCAUGGGCGCCGCCAUCUUUGAGACCUCUGUGGGCCGGAGAGAGACGAGGUUAAACACGGGAUUAUACACUGGCCACGCUUAUAGCCUCAUCAAACAUAAGACAGUCACACAUAAAGGUCAAAAGAAGAUGCUGCUUCUCGUCCGAAAUCCAUUCGGUCGCGGAGAGUGGAACGGAGCGUGGUCUGACACAGAUAGUGCGUGGAGCGAGAUCAGUGCCAGCGAGCGAGAAGACCAUGCCAUCCGCAAGAGAGACGACGGCGAGUUUUGGAUAAGUGUAGAGGACUUCAUCGAUAACUUCGACGAGCUGGAGUUAUGCCACCUGUCUCCUGACCUUCUGGCGCCAGAUAAAGACAGUGAACGGAUGGAAAGGAAGAAAUGGAAACAAAUCUCGUUCACCGGCCAGUGGAUCAAGGAUGUGACCUCUGGGGGACCGCUGAAGAGCUUCACCUCUCGUCAGUUUUGGACCAACCCCCAGUUCCGCGUGACCCAGGACCACACCGGGCCUGUCAAUGCUGUCAUCUCUCUGUUGGAGGUCACAGACAUGUUUCUUCGGAGCGUUGACGAUGUGAACAUCGGCUUCGUCAUCUUUAAGCUCAAGCCUGGAAAGGAACCUCCAGCCCGACUAACGGCGGACAACUAUUACGAGCACACCCCACAACUCGUGGACACAUCCGGGGCUUUCUGGCCCUACAGAGAGCGUGCCGUGCAUUUCGUCCUGGACCCCGGGGCUCACGUCGUUGUGCCCUGCACCUUCAUGCCGGGACAAGAAGCACAUUUUUAUUUGAGAAUAUUUUCGGAGCUACCUGUUGAUGUCAGUCCUGCCGAAGAGCGCCUUGGGCCGACAAGAGAACUGGAAAUACCAGAGACCAGUUUGAUAGACAGACUUUUCCAGAAGCAUCGAGGACCAGAUGGUCAGGUUGACGCCAGUAGCUUGCAAAAAAUACUUGCGGAGGCGAAGUUAGAAACGUACGGCAAACCUGACGGCUACUCUCUGGAAACCUGCCGCUGCCUUGUCUUCCUUGAUGAUACAUUUGUUGUAGGACUUCUUGACCAGGAGAAAGUAAAGUUGGCGUGGAAAAAUAUCCAGCUGUGGACGUUUGCCUUCAAAGAAGCAGAUUUAAGCGGUGAUGGCAAGGUCGACGCCUCCGAGCUGAAGGGGAUCUUCCAGAAGAUUGGCUUCAACCUGGACACUACUUCUUUGCACCGUGUGGUGCGGCGCUAUGGCGACCGUGAAGGUCGGAUGCACGAGGACGACUUCCUGCAGGCUUUCUGCCGUAUCCUCGGCCUCUACCAAAUCUUCAAGAGGAAAUCAGAAAAUGGUAAAAUCACAAUGGAGCUGAGUGAGUGGAUGGCCACAACACUGUACUCGUAACAUCUCCGACUGCACUACCACAUAUCGGUUGACCCCUCUCGCCACAGCUCAUGAGGUCAAGCAUCUGUAACGUGUCUUCCAUAGGAUUCCACAACCGCUAACUAACGUUCAGAUCAUCUUUAGUCUCUGAACAUCUAUGCAACACAAGGCAGCAUCUCUUAUCCUCGCCCUACCUCUUCUCCUCGGUUAUUCAUGGUACAUAGAGAUGGUGCGACUGGUGCUGUUAUGUAUGGUUAGAGAGUUUUUACUUGUGACUUUGCCUGUAUAUUUGAGGCCGUGUCUGUGUGUCCUUUGUGUGUGAUACUGUAUGUGUGGGUGUCACUGCCCAAAUCUUACGCGCACCCCAGCAAAACUUUAUCAAGUCGUCACUCAGUCAUCUUACUACUCGUAGUGUCCUAUGAACCAAUAUAAAGCAUGAACAGAUUGACACCUACCUAUUGAAACCAAAUAAGCACUUGAAGAAAACUGAAAGCAUGAAACGUGGACAAUUUCUAAAACAUAUGAAAAUACUGUGGCAUGUGUUUUCGCGGAUUUUACUUUAGCGGACAUGUAAACAAACAGCAGUCCUAGGCAUUUUUAAAAAAUCAAUAUAAAAUAUUAGGAAGUUGCUUAUUAGAAUUGGUAAUUUUAUAAUCCCAUUUUCUGGUGCAAGCCGUUAUAUGUUUCGGAAAGGAGUUAUACAAGUCUUUAGUAUAUUUUGCAUCGGAAUACUUCUCCCCUUAAUGACGCAUAGCUUCCACUGAACUACUCACUUCAAACACCUGCACACUGGGACUAGGAGUGUCUGAAGUGUUUUAACAAAUGUAUAAAAAGGGGGGGGGGACGGUUUGUUUGCUCAGUAUUAAUCAUGGCCGUAAACCCGCCAAAGGGAGUGGUUUCUCCCUUUCAAAUUACUUUAAAUAACAAAAGCCAUAUCCCACCAAUCAAAGUUUUUUUUAACAAUAUUCUUUUACAUUUUGUUUCUCAUUUAACAUGCAAAUCUGUCUUAGAUGUUUUAUUGAUUGUCUACUUUGACAUUUGGGUCUACAUUGCAGUUUACAAGUUGUCUCAGGAGAUUCUGUAAUGUUCGAACUUUGUAAUUAACUAACAGUGGCACUUCAAUUGUUCAUUCAAUAUUCAUAUCAGUAGAAGCUUUAUUUGUUUUUAGUUGCCAAUAUUUUUAUACUAGAAUGCUCGUUCUAGAAUUAGAGCGUUUGACUGUCUGUUGGUACUAUGUUCAUGUAAGCCACAGCUUGAAUAUCAUGUGGUAUUAUUUCCAUGUAAAUAGCUGAAUAAAUAACUGUUUAGAUGCGUCUUAUUGUCAAAACAUGUUCGCAUAGCCAGUCAAAAUAACUGACAGCUUAAAUACUUUUGAAACUAUAUUAAUAUAGUUGAUGUCUUGUAUAACACACGACAACGGAAACACAUGGUACAGUAUUAAUAAAUGCGGCACCUGUCACUUCA